AGCUACUUGUCCCUGGGGAACCAAACAUCCGCGCUUGUCUGGACGUGGCCCUAGAGGGCAAUUGUAAGACAGAUGGGCAGUCUUGAGGAGCUUGUGGGGGACUCGGAUCAGAGGUUGAGGCUGCACAAAAGGGUCAGUCCUAGUUGGUGAGCAGUAUCCACGUCCACAGUCCAGGCAGUGCCAGAAGUUAGGAGCCUGGGAAUCCAGAACGCACACACAAUGUAAGUGGGACCAGGGAAUGGGGCAAGAACCAGGCUUGGGGGGAAACAGGAGCAGCUGCUGCGGGUUGUGAAACAAUGAGCAGCCAAAGUCCAAAUAAAGGGCUUGGCCUUACAAGCCAGGCCCAGCUUACUCUGCAGCCAGUGAGCUUGACUCUGCAGCUGACGCCCCUCUGAAACGAGGUGGUCCUGUGGAGGUGGCAGAUUCUCCUAACAUCAGCCUCCAUUGGGCAAGUAGCUCUUAAUGGAAGAACACGGAGUGACCCAAACAGAACACAUGGCCACUAUCGAGGCCCAUGCCGUGGCCCAGCAGGUGCAGCAGGUCCACGUGGCCACCUACACUGAGCACAGCAUGCUGAGCGCAGACGAAGACUCGCCCUCUUCACCAGAGGAUACUUCCUACGAUGACUCGGACAUUCUCAACUCCACUGCCGCCGAUGAAGUCACUGCCCACUUGGCUGCUGCAGGCCCAGUGGGGAUGGCAGCUGCUGCCGCCGUGGCAACGGGUAAAAAACGAAAACGGCCUCACGUUUUUGAGUCCAACCCGUCCAUCCGCAAGAGGCAGCAGACGCGCUUGCUGCGGAAGCUCCGUGCCACGCUAGAUGAAUACACCACCCGAGUGGGGCAGCAGGCCAUCGUCCUUUGCAUCUCACCCUCCAAACCCAACCCUGUUUUUAAAGUGUUCGGCGCUGCACCAUUGGAGAAUGUGGUGCGCAAGUACAAGAGCAUGAUCCUGGAAGACCUGGAGUCAGCACUAGCAGAACACGCACCUGCGCCACAAGAGGUUAACUCAGAGCUGCCCCCCCUAACCAUUGAUGGGAUCCCUGUCUCUGUGGACAAGAUGACCCAGGCGCAGCUGCGAGCUUUCAUCCCUGAGAUGCUGAAGUACUCGACAGGGCGUGGGAAGCCGGGCUGGGGGAAGGAAAGCUGUAAACCCAUUUGGUGGCCUGAGGAUAUUCCAUGGGCAAACGUCCGCAGUGACGUCCGCACAGAAGAACAGAAACAGAGGGUGUCCUGGACCCAGGCGUUGCGAACUAUUGUGAAGAACUGCUAUAAGCAGCAUGGGCGUGAGGACUUACUUUAUGCCUUUGAGGAUCAGCAGACGCAGCAGCAGACAACAGCCACCCACAGCAUAGCACAUCUGGUACCAUCACAGACUGUGGUACAGACAUUCAGUAAUCCUGACGGCACCGUCUCCCUUAUCCAGGUUGGCACAGGUGCCACGGUCGCCACGCUGGCUGACGCCUCCGAGUUGCCUACCACAGUUACCGUCGCACAAGUGAAUUACUCUGCAGUCACCGAUGGCGAGGUGGAACAGAACUGGGCAACGCUACAGGGGGGCGAGAUGACUAUCCAGACGACGCAGGCUUCAGAGGCCACGCAGGCGGUGGCAUCGUUGGCAGAAGCAGCGGUGGCAGCAUCUCAAGAGAUGCAGCAAGGAGCAACUGUUACCAUGGCACUCAACAGUGAAGCAGCCGCCCAUGCUGUAGCCACGCUUGCAGAAGCCACCCUUCAAGGUGGCGGGCAGAUCGUCCUGUCUGGUGAAACGGCCGCAGCAGUGGGAGCACUCACUGGAGUCCAGGAUGCCAAUGGGUUCCUAGCAGAAGACUGUUCAGGUGGCAAGUGGAGUCUAGCAGAUGUUUCCACAGGCCUCGUCCAGAUCCCCGUGAGCAUGUACCAGACUGUGGUGACGAGCCUUGCGCAGGGUAACGGUCCCGUGCAAGUCGCCAUGGCGCCUGUCACCACGCGGAUAGCAGACAGUGCCGUCACGAUGGAUGGGCAAGCCGUGGAGGUUGUGACCUUGGAACAGUGAUGCUGCCGCAGCAGGAUCAUUCUGGUGUUUUUUUCUCGUCUCUUACGCGAAUAAUUUUUUUACGCCUCUCCAGAGAUGCAGUCAGGUGGCACCGAGGCUCGCGGCUGGGGAAGCAAAGGUUUUGUUAACCUUUUUUUAAAAGGAGGGAAAAAACAAAUAGCAGAGGAUGUGUGUUCAGUGCAUUUUUAUAGCGCCGCUCUGAUCCCGCAGGAGUGAAAAGCCCAUUGCUGACUGGACUUUCCUUCCGCCGAGAUUUAAAACCAAAAUGCAGCUCCACUCCCCCAACCCCCCGACCCCCAGCCCUC